AUGUCCAACAGAGAAGAAAGAGAGGCCGAAGACCGCUAUGAGGCGGAAAACGAUCCCGCUCCCGUCCCUUCAACACCAAUAGACAAUUCAUACGUUGGCGAGACGAACAGCGACCUGGCCAAGUUCGCGCCAGUACAGAGGGACGAGGACGACUACGAUGACCCGGUCCAGCCACCUUACUCAAACUCCAAUGAGCAGUUGGAACAAGACGAAAGAGAAGCGAUAGAUCAAUCAAACGUCUUAUACGGAGAUAGGUUGCGCCACACCCAGCCCCGUACAGCUAAUGCGUAUAAUGAAGGGCCGAAUGAAGACGACCUUCCGGGAGAUGUGAGCCAAGGUCUAACAGGCAUAUCAAACGCGGGCCGAGCGGUUGAAUAA